AUGCCUCCUAGAAGACAAACCCGUGCAACCAACCCUGAUGACAACAACAAUAACAAUAAUCCAAAACCUACAAUGGCCCAGAUUCUUCAGAUCUUGGCCCAACAGACUGCCAACCUGACUCAGCAGCAGGAAAGGCAGGCUAAUCCCCAGGUUACUUUCAAAAACUUUCAGUCUGUUAAUCCCCCAGAGUUUAAGGGUUCAGCGGACCCUAUUGAGGCCAGGGUAUGGUUGAAGGAAAUUGAAAAGGCAUUUGUGUUAGUUAAAGUGAGAGAUGAGCAGAAGACUGAGUUUGCUAGUUAUUAUUUGAAGGAAGAGGCCACCUAUUGGUGGGAGUCUGUGAGAGCAAUGGAAGGGACAGAGGAUGUUACCUGGGAUAGGUUUAAAGAGUUGUUUUUGGAGAAAUACUUUCCUCAAUUUCUCCAGGAUCGAAUGGAGUUACAGUUUUUAGAAUUGAAGCAAGGGGAUAUGUCAGUGGCUGAGUAUGAGAAGAAGUUUGCUGAGUUGGCUAGGUUUGUUCCAACCUAUGUGGAUACCGACAGGAAAAGAGCUAAGAGAUUCCAACAGGGGUUAAAAGCAUGGAUCAGGGGAAAACUAGCCAUAUUGGAAUUAGAUACUUAUGCAGCUGUAGUUCAGAAGGCAAUGAUAGCAGAAACGGAAAGCGAAAUGUCUCAGAAAGAGAAAGAAGGAAAGAAGCGUAAGCCAGAGCAUCACGAGGGACAGUUUCAGCAGGGAAGGUUUCAGAACUUUAACCCGAAGAAAGGGAAAUUUCAGCAGGGGAGAAAUCCCACUUUUAAGAAGCCAGAUGUAGGUGGUAGUGGACAAGGUAACCGUCCAGCUAUUGGAAAUCAACCAAGGCCUCCACUGCCGGAGUGCCAGAUAUGUGGAAAGAAACACGGGGGAAUCUGUAAUAGAUUGAAUGUGGUGUGUUAUAAGUGUAAUCAGAAGGGACACUAUGCUAGGGAAUGUCAGUACCCACCAGCACGGACCCCAAUGAUUCGAGAUCAACCAGCAAGGAACCAAACCAAUAGGACUCCAGCAGUUGGGAUAACAUGUUUUAGGUGUGGAAAACCAGGACACAUGGUGAAAGAUUGCAAGGUACCAGCUCCAAAUAACCAUACACUUAGAAUUAUGGGAUCCACUCCAGUAGUCCCAGAAGUUUCCAAAGCCAGAACCUACAACAUGACUAUGAGGGAUGCAGUUCAGGAUGCCGAUGUGGUGGCAGGUACGCUUACUGUGAAUUCUUUAUGUGCCAAGGUUUUGAUUGAUUCUGGAGCUACUAGAUCGUUUAUUUCAGAAGAUUUUGUGCCUAAGUUGAAUUGUCCUAUAGAAUUGCUUAAUGAGGUUAUGAAUAUAGAAUUGGCUAAUCAGGAACGUGUCCCUGUUAGCCAAGUUUAUAGGAAUUGUGAAGUUGAGAUUUUAGGAAAUAAGUUUUGUGCCGACUUGAUACCUUUCAAGUUGGGAGAGUUUGAUGUUAUUUUAGGGAUGGAUUGGUUAUCGAAGCAUAACGCUCAAAUAGAUUGUCGUAAUAAGAAGGUAAUGUUAAGGGCACCGAAUGAGAAGACGAUAGUAUUUCGAGGGCAGAAACAGGUAAAGAAGUUUUUGACUAUGAUUCAAACGAAGAGAUUGUUGCGUCAAGGUUGUGAAGCUUAUAUAGCAUAUGUAACUGAUCAGAGUCGAGAACUUGUGAAGCUUGAAGGUAUUCCUGUAGUAAACGAGUUCCCAGAUGUAUUUCCAGAUGAAUUACCCGGAUUACCUCCAGAUAGAGAAAUUGGAUUUGCAAUAGAUUUAGCACCUGGAACCGAACCAGUAUCUAAAGCCCCAUAUAGGAUGGCACCGGUAGAAAUGAAGGAAUUGGCAACCCAGUUACAAGAAUUGUUAGAGAAGGGAGUGAUUAGACCCAGUGUAUCCCCGUGGGGAGCACCAGUGUUGUUUGUGAAGAAGAAAGAUGGUAGUAUGAGGUUGUGUAUUGAUUAUCGGGAACUUAAUAAGUUAACUAUUAAGAAUAGAUACCCAUUACCCCGCAUAGAUGAUUUGUUUGAUCAAUUGAAGGGAGCGAGAUGUUUUUCGAAGAUUGAUUUAAGAUCGGGAUACCAUCAGCUAAAGAUUAAACAAGAAGAUAUACCUAAAACAGCUUUUAGAACCCGAUAUGGCCACUAUGAGUUCUUAGUGAUGGCCUUUGGAUUAACCAAUGCCCCCGCAGCUUUUAUGGAUUUAAUGAACAGAGUCUUUAAACCAUAUUUGGAUAAAUUUGUGAUUGUUUUCAUAGAUGAUAUUUUGAUUUAUUCCAAAACCACUGAGGAUCAUGCAACCCACUUAAGGAUGGCUUUAGAGACAUUGAGAAGAGAGAAACUGUAUGCUAAGUUUUCAAAGUGUGAAUUCUGGUUACAAGAGGUUCAAUUUCUAGGUCAUAUAGUCAGUAACGAAGGAAUUAAAGUAGAUCCCUCCAAGAUUGAGGCAAUUAUGAAUUGGGAAAGGCCAAGGACACCAACAGAAGUUAGGAGUUUCUUGGGUUUGGCAGGUUAUUAUUGA